ACAGGCGUCGUACCUUUGGAGACUCGUGGAGGAGCACGCCAAGUUGAUAAAUAUAAUAUAAAGAAAGACAGCAUCAAAUCUUUUAUUAAAACAUUUAUUCCAGUACAAAAACACUAUUGCAGAGCGAAAAACAAGCAUAGGCAAUACCUUCCAAGUGAGCUUAACAUUACAAAAAUGUGGAAAAUGUAUAUUGAGCAGCAUCCAACUGAAGAAUUAAAGUGUGAGUAUGACUUUUUCAGGCUGGUUUUUUCUGAGAACUUUAACAUUGGUUUUGACGCUCCGUACACUGAUAAGUGUUCAACCUGCACAAGGCUUGAGUGUGAACUAGCCACAGAAAAAGAUGCAGGCAAGCGUGAAACACUAAAGCUAAACCUAAAAGCCCACAAAGUCCGUGCAGACAAAUUCUACAAACUUUUGCAAGAAAAUAAUGAUAAAGAGCUUAUUCUGAGCUAUGAUUGUCAGAAAAAUCUUGUCCUUCCUAAAAUACCGGACCAAGCCGCAUACUAUAAGCGCCAGCUAUAUCUAUAUAAUUUUGUGAUUUGUGAGGGACAUUCUAAAGUCCUCUUGAAUUCAGAAAACACCUUUUCUUACCUCUGGACUGAAAACCAGUAUGCAAAAGGGUCCAGUCAAAUUGCAUCUGCUGUUUACCACAGGUUAACAAGCGCUAACAUGGAAAAUGUCACCACAGUCAAACUUUUCUCUGACGGCUGUGGUGGCCAAAACAAGAACACAACUGUUGUCGGUAUGAUUGCUCAUUGGCUCCUGAAAGAUGCACCUAAACAUGUUACUAAAGUUGUACUACUCUUUCCGGUAGUCGGCCAUUCUUUCAUUCCCCCUGAUAGAGUGUUUGGAGUACUUGAAAGGAAAUUUCAAGAUCUGAGUGUAAUCAACAAUCCCAAUGAGUACACUGAAAUAAUUGAAAAGCACUGUACUGUUGUGAAACUUGGGACGGAUUGCCCUGUGAGUGAUUGGAAAACUCUAACCGAUGCUGUUCUAAAAAAACCAGGACAAUGGCAUUUUCAAUUUCAAAAGGCCAAGAAAUUUAUCUUUUCAAGAAGUAAAAGUAAUCCAAACUCCAUCCUGGUACAAGGAGAAGCAAACUAUGUAUUUGAAAUCGGCGAGAGUAAGUCAGUAAUGAAAAGGGGGAAAAAUUUUGACAAUGCAGUUUUGAGAGUGAUACAAGAAGGACACCCAGUGAAACAAGUAAAAAUCAAUGAUGUGAAAUGCUUGCUAAAUCUCCACUAUGGAAAUGACUGGCAACGGGAG